CCCGCAGCCCAUUUCCUGGCCCAGCAGAAGUCCGAGUGCCAUUUCUUCAACGGGACGCAGCGGGUGAGGUUCCUGGACCGGUACAUCUACGACCGGCAGGAGAUGGACUACUACGACAGCGACCUCGGGAAAUACGUGGCCGUCACUCCGUUGGGGCAGCCUGAUGUGGACAAGUGGAACAGCGAUAAGGUCUACCUGCAGUACCAGAAGGCCUCCGUGGAUUCCUUCUGCCGACACAACUACGAGGGUCUCCAGAGCAAUUCUGUGGUUGGCCGGAGAG